AUGAUUAAAAGAGUGCCCAAAUUGUACUGUCAUCAACUCGGCAAAUUCAAGACUGAUAUCCAAGUGCCUACACACGAACUACUUGCUAAAUUAGGUAUCAUCUCGUACCCUCACUCUGGUUUAGUUCAUUGGGGCAAAACCGGUCUCCUAAUUCAAGACAAAAUAAAUGGCAUCGUUAGGGAGAAUUUGGAUCAUUUGGGAUAUGAAGAAUUGAAACUUUCAUUACUUUCACAUAAAAACUUAUGGCUUCAAACUGGCCGAUGGCAUCAACCUGAUUUAUUUAAAUUACAAAAUGAUGAAUAUUUGCUUGCGCCCACGGCAGAGGAAGAAAUCACAGAGUAUGUGAAAAGAUCCAUCCAGAGUUAUAAACAUCUUCCAGUUGGGUAUUAUCAAAUUAAUGAAAAAUUUAGAGCAGAAAAGAGACCUCGUGGCGGUUUGCUCCGAGGGAGGGAGUUUUUGAUGAAAGAUGCAUACUCUUUUGACAUUGAUGAGACAAGCGCAUUAAAAACAUAUGAAUCCAUGGUGAAUGCAUAUCAUAAUAUUUUCCGGGAAAUUGGCGUUCCGUAUGUGAAAGCGCAAGCAGAUAGUGGUGACAUUGGCGGUGAUUUAAGUCAUGAAUGGCACUUGUUGAAUCAGAAUGGAGAGGAUACGGUAUUUACUUGUGACUCGUGUGGUCAUACUAGUAAUGUUGAGAAAACUAUUGCUUAUCCCACGGAAGAAGAGAUAAAGAACUCCAAAGGAGGCGAAGAAGUGGCUGUAAAGUAUUUCACAACAGAGGAUAGGGACACGUUGGUUUGUGCAUAUUAUCCUGUAAACAGACAAUUAGAACCCAAGUUUAUGUUGGAAGAUAUUCCCGAUUUGGAUUUAAAAGAUAAAAGACUGCAAGAGGAAAUUAUUCUAGCAUUUGAAGCAAAUGAGAAUGAGUUUAGUAAAAGUGUAGUUAGAGUUAUGGAUGCACGGUUGAAUUCAAGGUCGAAUUUCCCCGAUUUCCCAAUCAAUUUCACCAAUAAAUCAAUGAUCACCACAUUGACCGAGGUACCCAUUGUGCUUGCUCGAGCGGGUGAGGUAUGUGGCGAAUGCGAGGAAGGUCAUUUACAAGAAUCAAAUGCAAUUGAGAUUGGUCAUACCUUUUACUUGGGUGAGAAGUAUUCAAAGCCCUUGAACUUGACUGUAGAAGUUCCUACUAAUGACAAUGGUAAUACGUUGGAAUCCAGAUUUGUAAAGAUGGGAUGCUAUGGAAUAGGUAUCAGUAGAAUCAUUGCAGCUGUUGCUGAGAUAAAUAGAGAUGAUCGAGGGUUGAGAUGGCCCGCAAGUAUUGCACCCUGGGAAGCUACCAUUAUCACAGAUGAUGCAAGCAAAGUUGAAGCUGUUGAGUCACAAUUGAUGCAAAUAGAUUGUCGUUUAGAUGGUAGAGAUGAAAGAUUUGGCUAUAAAUUCAAAGCUUCAACUACGAUGGGUAUUCCUUUGAUUAUAGUUUUGGGCAAGUCAUUCCCCCGUGUUGAAAUUGAGAUUCGUGGAAUCUUGAAACAUGGGUGGGAAGAGCAUUUGAAAUCAUUGAACAAAGAGAUUGAUUUCGUAUGGGACAUUGAGUAUAAAGAUGGAACCCCUGUUAAAUGUUUUGUUGAAAAGGACCAUUUGACAUUUGUUGUCAAACAACUUUUGAGGUUCAUGUAA